GAAUCAUCUACUACUGAUUCACCUUCAACCGAAUCAUCUACUACUAGUGCACCUACUACUAAGUCAUCUACUACUGAUGCACCAACAACAGAAUCAUCUACUACUGAUGCACCGACAACCGAGUCAUCUACUACUGAUGCACCAACAACUGAAUCAUCAACUACUGAUGCACCAACUACAGAGGCAUCGACAACUGAAGUACCAACAACCGAAACUUCUACUACUGAUGCACCAACAACCGAAUCAUCUACUACUGAUGCACCAACAACUGAAUCAUCAACCACUGAUGCACUAACUACAGAGGCAUCGACAACUGAAGUACCAACAACCGAAUCUUCUACGACUGAUAAACCGACUACAGCAGCAUCAACUACUGAAUUACAAACAACAGAACCAUCCACUACUGACGCACCAACAACAGAAUCAUCUACUACUGAUUCACCUACAACCGAAUCAUCUACAACUGAUAAACCGACUACAGCAGCAUCAACUACUGAAGUACAAACAACAGAACCAUCCACUACUGACCCACCAACAACAGAAUCAUCUACUACUGAUUCACCUACAACCGAAUCAUCUACU